UCGAGUUUGUGCGUUAAACCAGGAGCCUGUGUGUGUCACAAGUGUGCGACGUGCUUAAAGUGUGUCCUUGUUAACACCUCAGUUAUUUGACCCAUUAUUAACUAACGACAUCGACUCUGUGUAAUCAGUGGACUCACCCUUGUUUGUAAUAUGCUACUUCCACACCUUUUUGCAUGGAGCUUAUUUGGAUGAUUAAAAAAAGAUGAAUAUUUUGCCACCAAAAUAUCUUCGAGGCCAGAUUUGGCAUCAGCAUCCAUGUUGAGAUCAACAGCGAAUAAGCGUCAGAUGAAAUGCCGCGGCCUCCAAGGGAAAGUUACGGAGAUCACAAGCCGCCGUACUCCUACAUUUCCCUCACGGCAAUGGCAAUAUGGAGUUCACCGGAGAAGAUGCUGCCCCUUUCUGAAAUCUACAGGUUCAUCACAGACCGAUUCCCCUACUACCGCAGAAACACCCAACGUUGGCAGAACUCACUGAGGCACAACCUCUCCUUCAACGACUGCUUCAUCAAGAUACCACGAAGACCUGACAGACCUGGAAAAGGUGCUUUCUGGGCUCUUCAUCCCUCCGCUUUGGACAUGUUCGAGAACGGGAGUUUCCUUAGGAGAAGAAAGAGGUUCAAACUGCCAAAAAAUAUACACGAAGAGCUCGAAAGCCUUUCCAAGUUAAACAAUAGUUCCUUCAGCCUGCCUGCGCAUGCUCCAUCGACUCCGACCUCGGCGCCUCUGCCUAAUAUAUCGUCGAUGGUCUGUCCUGUUAGCACCGGUUUGCCUCUGCCUGUGCCUCCAAUAACUCCAACGUCAACUACGCUGAAGUCCUUCAGCAUAGACAGUAUUAUACAAAAUGACAAUAAGAAUGUGCCCCCACCAAUCCCGCCCCAAACAUCUCCCUAUUUCACCAACCCCCCCACUUCUCAAACUCUACCGAGUCUCCCUUGGGUGAUACCCCAACCCGAAGUGACACAACCAAGUGAUCUGCAAAGUGAAAAGAACUUGAUAAUGGCUCAGCAAGCAGCUUUCUUCGAAUAUGCUGCCGCUCUGAUUUCUAUGAACGCUUCUUCUAGUGUCUAUAAAAGUGGAGUGAUAAGGCCAAUGCCUGUGAUGCCGAGUGCUUUGUAUCCUACGCCACCGUGUCACCCUGUAUCGAUGCCUGUGCAAUAUUCCUUUUGCUUACCUAGCAAUGUACGUACUAUAGAUUAUAAGACUGGGCAAAUUUGUGAUAAAUCGGAUUUAGACAAAUCAUUACCUCUACUUAACUUAAUUGCUGAUAAAAACAAGAAUGUCAACUUAGAUACGUCGUCAUGUUCUUCAGAAGAAGCAAUUAAUAUAUAAAUUAUUAUUUAAAAUGUAUGCAGUCGUAUUAAAGAUAGAGAAUUAUAGAUAAAAGUGAAUCCUA